AUGCACUUCGCGCACAACGCUCUGGCCGUGGUGUGGCGCCGCCUAUACGUCCAGACUGUGAGGCGUCGCGCGUUCUUCUUCGCCGCCGAGCUGGGCUUCGUGAUCAUCAGCUUCGCGGUCGUACUCAAAUACGACCACGUUGACCCCAGCACGGUGAAGAAGCUUAACAAGCGCCAGGACGUGCCCACGGCUAACGAGGACCCGUUCUUCGGUGAAUACGGUAGUGCGUUAGCGAGCCGCCGCUGGAAGGUCGUGUAUGGACCCGCUACCAACUACACCAAAAAAAUUGUUGACGGCGUUAUCGGAGGCCAGCUCCGCUUCAAGAGUGGAAAUGGAUGGCCUCCCAAGCCGCAAAAAGUUGAUAACGCGGACGACGUUCCCGAGUCGUGCUUGGAUGCCCUAGUCAACCGACAUUUGAGUGGCUUGAGUGGCGACAGAGCUGGUCGAGCACCGGGUUACGAAGUUAUGUGCGUACAGUUCUGGGACACGGAACAGGAGAGGGAAGACGGAAACCUCUCGUACAGCCUCGUCUACUACAUGCCGCCCGAGGAGCUGCCACCAGAGACAUCUCCGCUCGACGUGGUAGCUUACUUGGCUUCCCACACUGCAGAUGGCGCGGCCGUCAACGACAGCCGUCGCCGAUUCGCGGAUCUAUUCUUGGCAGCGCAGACCAUGAUUGACGAUGUACACGUGACCCUGCAAAGGGGAACCAAAAGGACUGCUGACGAAGCGGAAGCAAUGAUCACCUACCGUUCAAUGCCUAUGAAACCGCCCUUCCUGGACGUACCACGCUAUCGGAACGGAUUCUUCUUUGCAUUGUCUCUCGCAUUCUGCCUGCCACUGGUGUGGAGAAUCAGCGAGAUAACCAACGAGAUAGAGUCAGGCCUCAAGGAGCACCAAGGACUCAUGGGCCUGACGACAGCGCAGUUCUGGGUGGGCCAUUUCUUCUCUGCUCUCGUCGUGGCCUUGGCGGAAGGCGCCUGCACCUUGCUCGUCAUCUACUUCAGCGUCGCAGACUUUCGGCCGCCACCAGGUUUGGCCACGAAGGAGGCGAGAUACUCCUGGCUCGCCUUGCAGGUGGAGGACGAGGACGACGGGUCCGAAAAGGCCAAGAACAAAGAGGCGCAGUACCAAGCCGUCAGCCUGGACUUCCUGGACGUGCCUUACGUCCAGCACGUGGACGUGGCGCUGCUUCUGGCAAACUUCCUGGUUUUCCACGUGUCGCACACCACGCUCGCAAUGCUCGUCGCCUGCUUGGUUCCCUUCGGACGAUGGGCGAUGCUCGUGGGAUUCGGAGUGUACUUUAUUCUGCCCAUCUGUGACGCCGACAACUUCAGCUUCCUGUCCGGCACACCGUUGAGCGAGUACCUGAUGGAAGACAGGUUUAGCAAGCUCCGAAAGUGCGUCUACCCGAACUUUGCCAUGGCUACCGUGAUGAAGAUUAUUUGCAUCUUUGCCGAUUUCGAACUGGACGCUGGCUGGAGCAGGGUCGACGAUUUCGCGCUAGGCUGCGACAGCGUCACCAUACUGGAGGUGUGGGCUGUGAUGGGAAUCAUGGUCCUGGCGGCGGCCAUCUUCCUCUGGUACCUGUCGCACGUGCUACCUUGGGCCAACGCAACGCCCCAGAGCCCGUUCUUCCCCCUGCUGCCAAGUUACUGGUGCCCACGUCAAGUCAAGAUGCACGUGGAGUCGCAGGGGCAAGAGCCACUUCCCGCUGAACAUUUCGAAGCGCCGCCGGCAACACCGGCUGUCGUGGAGUGCAAGAACCUGGUCAAGCAUUUCGGUGGCUUCGCGGCCUUAGACGGAGUCAACAUGACGGUUCACAAGUCCUACGUGACUGUCUUGCUUGGGCACAACGGAGCCGGAAAGACGACACUCAUGAGCAUACUGACAGGACUGAUCCAGCCGAGUGGAGGUUCAGCCAUGGUGGCUGGCUGGGACAUCAACAGCGAGGCAGCGCGACGUGAAGUGGGCUUUUGUCCUCAGAAAGAUAUCUUCUUCGACGACCUGACCGUCGAAGAGCACUUAGAGUACUAUGCGACGCUAAGAGGUGUGGAUGACCCGGCCAAGCGAACACAGAGGCUUCUCAAAACAUUGCGACUGACGGAAAAGGCAUCGCAAUACCCCGCAGAACUGUCCGGCGGCCAAAGACGGAAGCUGAGCGUUGCAGUCGCACUCGUAUCGUCACCAACGUUGCUAAUUCUCGACGAGCCCACAGCAGCCAUGGACCCGGAGUCGAGGCGACACUUCUGGAAACUCAUAGGAGGCUUCCGGGGCAGCCGGACUGUGCUCAUCUCGACGCAUGACAUGGAAGAGGCUGAUGUUCUCGGAGACAGGAUAAUCAUAAUGCACAGCGGAAAGGUCAUCUGCAGCGGUUCAACCAACUUCCUGAAGAUUGCCUGUGAUGUGGGCUACAAGCUCAGCAUCGGCAAGGCUCAGCAGGGCUUCCAGAUUGCCAGCGUCUUGCAGCUCGUGCGUCAGACGGCGCCUCUCGCAACAGUGGAGAACGAGCGCAGCGGUGACGUCACAAUUUCUCUGCACACGUUUAACUGCGACGGAUUCGAGAAUAUGUUCUGGCAGUUAGAGUACGGCGCCAAGAGGUUGGGAAUCACGGGCGUCGGUGUGACCGUCGCGACCAUGACGGACGCCUAUCUGAAAAUAAGCAGGGAAUGGGCCGCAGAAGCGAAGCGUCGGCAGAAAGAGGAAGACAAAGGGGCCAACAAACAGCAAUUACCAACGUCCGCGAAAGGUGACGCUAACGUUGCAGCUCCAACAGGCAAGCCGACUUCCCCAACGGGUGCCGCGACCACUGGAGCGCCGCCUGUACCAGCACCAGCACAAGGUUACGUAAACGUGGCUGCCACAAGCACCAAGCAGAUUCCUUCAGCUGUUGCAGUUCCAGUUCCUCCAGUUGUUGGUCCACCUGUUGCAACUACUGGAUCACCAUCAAAGAUCGCAAAGAGAAAGAAGCUGAAAAUCACUCGGAGACCAGAUGACGUCCAGCAAUUCGAGGCCCUGCUCUCCAAGCGCUGCUCCUACUUGUGGCGUACGCGUUUCUUGUUCCUCACUGGCUGGCUGCUCCCGGUCGCGAUAGCCUACCUGGCUACCACCACACUGACGGCACAGCGGACGGACGACAUAGGACCGCUUCCACGGAGCAUCGUCCUGAGCGCCGCUGCGCAGCUCGGUGCGGACGCGCGUGCCUUCUUGGCCGAGGCGAAAGAGACGAACUUGUCGCUCAGCUACCGGGAGCUCCUGAAAAGCGAAGCCGUGGCCAUCGAAGAACUCGAGGACCCAGAUGAGGAGAUGCUAGCUGCCCUGGAAGAGAAGUAUUUUGAGUAUGCUUCAAGCUACGCCUUUGGAGCCAUGAUCAACUCUUCGACCCUUAUUGAAGCCUGGUACAACCCCACAAGCCUAAUGAGCCUGGCCAUGCUGAAGAACCUGAUGAAUACUAUCAAGCUGAGGACCGCGUCCGGUAGGCGCGACCUGCAGAUCAACACCGAACUCUCUAUUCACGCGCUGCCGAAGGGUGUACUAGGAACUGCGUCGGAGAGCAGACAGCACGAAGAGAGCUUACAGCGGCUGCAGCUCGCCGUGGAGCAGACAUGGAUCUACUGGGGCUGCAUGGCCACGGUCAGCAUGGGCCUGAUCAUCUCCUCAUUCGUGGUAUUCCCCGCCGCCGAGAACCACAACGGGGCACGCGGCCUGCAGCUGAUGACUGGCGUUUCCGGCUGCACCUUCGUUACGGCGCAUUUCCUGUUCGACCUCUUUUUCUACUUGGUGCCCAUGGCGGUGAUAUACGGAGCCUUCGCGUUUUUGCAGCGCCUGUCCUUCGAGACGAUAGUGGCUCUCGUCGCAAUCGUGCUGUCAUUCGCUCCCCUGGGCAUAAUGCUACCCUACAUGGUGACGGAGCACAUAGAAGCCGAAGGGACUGCAUACUCAAUUGUAGUCGGCAUGUUCGCCGUCGGAGGGCCCGCGGUCUUCCUAUUCUUCCUAACUACCUUGCCCGCGCUGAACAACCAGGGCCUGCGCGUGCCUCUGCUUUUCUUUCCGCCAUUCCUCUUGGGUGCAGCCACCAUUCGGGCGGUGAGCCUCGAGUACGAGGCGGACAUGUGCGACCUGCUGCGCUUGCGCCCAAACCCCGAUGAGAUGUUCCUCACCGUGUGUGACGAGAUGCACCUGCUAGGAUCCGGCAUCGUCCACUGCUGCAAAUUGCUCGCGGCUCAUCAGGAGGGCAAAGAGGAACGGUGGUACCUGAUCGGGCCCUUCUCGUGGUCCUGGUACAGCAUCCUCGGUGAACUGUCGCUCAUGGUGGUGCUGGGCGCACUGCUCUUCUACUGCGCUGUGCGCGGCGUGUCGGGGGACUUCGGCUACGAGAACAAGCUGCAGGACCUGCACACGCCCGCGUUGGACGACGACGUGGACGCAGAGAAGAAAUUGGUGAACACUGUCUGCCGCGAGAAGCGCCUCGCCGAGUACGCGCUCGUGGCACGCAACUUGCACAAGUUCUACGACAAAUUCUAUGCGGUGCGCGGAAUUUACCUGGCGAUUAGUCGAGGCGAAUGCUUCGGCCUCGUGGGCGUCAACGGAGCUGGCAAGACGACCACUUUCCAGAUGUUGGCGGGCCUCAUCGAGAUGACCGACGGCAACGCAUACAUGAAGACACUGGUCCUAUCCAAAGAGCCUCGGCAGUGGCAAAGCCACAUCGGCUACUGCCCGCAAAGCGACGCACUUCUGGGCAAGUUAAAUGCGUUCGAGACUCUGUUCAUGUUCGGCCGACUGCGCGGCGUUCCGGAGCGACCCCUGUCGGCCAUGGUUCCGAAACUUAUUGCCAUGGUCGACCUGUCGGAGCAUGCAGCCAAGCCCUGCGAGUGCUACAGCGCCUGCGGAAGGUCGCCGAGUAUCGCCUGCCGGAGCGGCCAGCCUGGACUUUGCUGUUCCAGAAGAUUGCUGCCCUGCGGAAGGCGUUCACCUUCGAGCACGUCAUUGCCACCGACGCGAACCUCGAGCAGCUCUUGGUUAGCUUUGCGCGCAAAGCGCGAGAAGAGGCCGCGCUCGAACCCAGGGACGAGGACUGAGCUCGGUUGGAACGCUCCGCGGUCAGGCCCCAAAUAUUUUAAGCAAUAUGUAACGUUAGUGCGCAGGCCCCUGUUUGAAAUUAUUGGACAAAGACUAUGUCUCUGGAUGCAUAAACCACGAUGAAAGCGCGCGAGCGAUUCCAUCAUAGAUUAACGGACAAUUUAAAAUCGUUCUCGAAAGGAAUUUACAAUGUUGUACAAAUAAUUCAAGAUAUAAUGGUAGGUAGUUACGGCGGCCUAACAUUGUAUUAGCGCAGUCUCAGUGGGACUACAUAAGCUGCUUUUUUUCGUUGAUAUGAUAUCUGAACAAGUUGCGGGAUAUCUCUAUGUCAUUUAUCUAUACAGUGCAGUGCAGGCGGUAUCAUCUUGUGGUGUUAUUUCAUAACUGUUAUAGGGCUGUCCAAUUACCGUUUCUUUCACCGUAUUUUUCAUUACCGUAAUUCGACCAUUUCUUCAUCCAUUUAUUGAUUUCUUACGGAAAAGUUUAGCAUUGUAGAGUUUCUCAAUUGCACAGCUCGGUGUAACAUCGCAAUUUGUUUGUCGUAAGUACUUCGCCAAAGACUUUAUGCGCAGAGAACAAAACAGCAUUAAAAGAACUGU